AUGACGGGACAGACCAAACAACAGUAUCCCAGGUUCAUCAAAAACUGGAAGCUGGGCCAGAAGCUGGGUGCCGGCUUUUCAGGCGCCAUCUUCGUCGCAGACCACGUCCACACCGGCCAGCGCGCCGCCAUCAAGCUCCAGCCCGUCGAUGAGCCAACCCCGACGAACCGCUACGAGCGUGCCUUCUACCCCGCCAUGCAGGGUGGGACCGGCAUCCCGACGCUGUGGGCAUCAGGACAGGCUGGGACGUGGGACUACCUCGUCAUCGAUCUCCUCGGGCGCAGCCUGGACUCGCUGCACCGAGAGCUCAUGCUCAAGCAGGACGUGUGGGACCUCCGGAGCGUGUGCAGCGUGGCCAUCCAAACUAUCGACAGGAUGCGGUGGAUACACAGUCGUGGGAUCCUCCACCGGGACAUCCAGCUCGGUAACUUCGUGGUGGGCCCGUCGCCGAACCACGAGACGCUGUACAUGAUCGACUUCGGCUUCUCCAAGUUCUACAUCGACCCCGCCACCCGACGGCACAUCCCCGACAGCAAGGCGCCCCGCGACUUCAUCGGCAACUACUGGUUUUCGUCCGUGCGCGUGCACUGCCAAGGCAGGGUACCGUCACGAAGGGAUGACAUGGAGGCGCUUGCACUCAUGCUCAUCCACCUGCUCACACCUUACGGACUAAGUUGGACGCGGAACGGUAUCCCAAUGACGAAUGAGGCGCACGAGCGGCUGAAGAAAGAAAAACGGCUAGCUCGCCCCGAAGACCUCUGUCAUGGUCUCCCACCCGUGUUCGAGGAGCUCCUGCGCGCAUCACGCAAGCACGAUUUCCAGGGCUGCCCCGACUACGAGUACUGGAUCGAGGAGUUCCGUGCGCUCGCGGACGAGUACGGCUUCGAGGAGAUCGACCGCUUCAUCUGGCCAUCGCCAUGCCCCAAGGUACCGCCCAAGCAGGCGGCGAAGAAGAAGGCGGCCACGGCGGAACUCGAAGGCGUCCUGCAGGACCUCGCGGAGCUGAAACUCGGCGAAAGCUCGCGCCAAGCGCUCGGCGAGCGCCCGCACCUUGUCAACCGCGGCUCGAACGGGGACGGGAAGAGCAAGGACAAAGUGAAGGACUCGAUGGGCAAAAAGCCCGCCGCUGGCGCUGCGGGAGGCAGCGACUCGGACGAGAACGCGCCCACACGGGGUUCCGGGGCGGGCGUGGGGCGGGCGAAGGCGACGCGGCUGGCGCAGCUCGCGCGUGCGGCCGGCGCCGCGUCGGACAACCGGGGGCUCGCGGCGGUCUUGCGCGAGUUCACGCAGGUGAUGCAGGAGAACCGGUCGCGCACGUUGACGAAGGAGGGCUUCGCGGUGCUCGACGCGCUGCACAAGCAGCUCGCGGACCCGUCGGUGUUCGUGGCGCCGGCCCCGCGCCGACCUCGCGCGAGCGGAGGAGGCAGCGUGGGGACUGCGGGGACGGCGGACAGCGCGAGGGAAACGCGGUCAGGGAAGAUGAACAAGCUGUGGCGGCUCGGGGUCGAGGCCAAGACGGCGGGAGACAACGGGCAGCUGGCGCGGCUGGUGAGCGAGUUCGGGCAGGUGAUCUACAAGAGCGGGGGGCGGACGGUCACCAAGGACGGCUUUGGGUUCUUGAACGCACUGACGACCCGGCUCGAGGCAUUGGCGUGA